AUGGUUGCAAAUGAAAAGAAGAUUUGUGAGGUAAGGAAGGAGGAACAGGGUAUAAUGGGUAGUAGUGGUGGUGAUGGUGAUGAUGAUAAUGAUGAUGAUAGUGAUGGUGAUGGUGAUGGUGAUAGUGUUGUUUAUGGUGGUAGUGGGAAGGGAGGGGGAAGGAUGAUUGGCGGAGAAGGAGAAGGGGAGCGAAGCGAAGGAAGAAGUGAAGAUGAGAAAGUGGAAAAGAGAAAGAAAACGGAUGCAGAAGACGAAUUGGUAGAAAAUGGUGGGGAGAAAAGCUUUUGA